GGAUUUAUAACGGACCUCACCUCGGUCCAGGCACAGUCGCUCAGUGGUGGAUGCUGCUGACGCCUGCAUGGGAAUCUAGAGUCGCUUGUGUCUUGGACCGUACUGAAAGACAGUCAUGCGUCCGCUAGGGCCAGCUGUCCUCUUUUCUGUCCUACUGCUGGCUGCAGCACAGGAUCCGCAAACAGCCACCUCUAUUUAUGACUUCUCAGCCACGGACAUCGAUGGAAACGUGGUGUCCCUGGAAAAGUACAGGGGGGAAGUUGUGAUCAUCACCAACGUUGCCUCUAAAUGAGGCAAGACCCCGGUGAACUACUCUCAGUUUGCGGAGAUGCACGCCAAGUACUCUGAGAGAGGUUUACGCAUCCUGGCCUUCCCCUCCAACCAGUUUGCAAACCAGGAACCCGGCACGGAGACGCAGAUCAAAGCGUUUGCGGCGUCCUACAACGCCCGCUUCGACAUGUUCAGCAAGAUCAACGUGAACGGGGCCAACGCCCACCCCCUGUGGAAGUGGCUGAAGGAGCAGCCAAACGGUCGUGGCUUCUUUGGGAGCCGCAUCAAAUGGAACUUCACCAAGUUCCUGAUCAACCGAGAGGGCCAGGUGAUGAAGAGAUACGGACCCUUGGAUGAUCCCAGCGUGGUGGAGAGGGAUCUUCCCCUGUAUCUGUAACGAUGUGAUGACCGACCCGGGGCCCAGCUUCCGGCGGGACCCUCCAUAGCCCCCCCCCCCCUCCCCUGCCCCUCCGAGUGCUGGUGGAGUAGAGCUGGGAUCCGCUCAGACUAGUGACGGUGCGUCUCAAAAGCCGCUCAGCGGGAAGGACAAACCUGAUGGAAACGGCGUGCAAACCUUCUGGGCGGACCCAGAUGCUUUACCCUGUUGGUGCUUUCGGUUCAGAGAAACCCUAACCCUAACCCAAACUGUAUCUGGCAACUCGUACAAAUAUUUCAAAAAUAAAACAAUUCUAAUCCUG